AUGCAGGAAUCCGUGAAGUUCAAUCUUAAAGAGGUUAAAUUGGAUCUUCUGCAUGCAAUACACGAAUGCUCCCAGCGUGGUUUGCUGCACACUACCAAAUGGUUAGCGGAAUUAAAUUAUUCAUUGAAAAAUGUAGAUAUAGAUGAUUUGACUAUACAUGCCAAGGUACCAGAGAUCAGUGAAGCAGAAGAUAUCUAUACCUUGGCUAAAACAUACUUUGAUUUAAAGGAAUACGAUAGAGCGGCUUAUUUCACAAUGGACUGCGUAAGUCCUAAGAUUAGAUUUCUACAUUUGUAUUCACGUUAUUUAUCAGGGGAGAAAAAGAAGAUAGACGACAUGACGGAUGUGCCACCGGAUCCUCUGAAGAACGAGACUCUAAAGUACCUUUGUGCCGAUUUAAGAUCGGAUCAUUUGGCAUCGAAGCUAGAUGGUUAUGGACUAUAUCUUUUUGGUGUAACAUUGAAGAAGCUACAACUCAUUAGAGAGGCGACAGAUGUUCUAGUAGAAUCUAUUCAUAAGGAGCCUAUGCAUUGGGGUGCAUGGUUAGAGCUGGCUGCAUUAAUCACAGACAGGGAGAAGCUGGAGAGCUUAUGCCUUCCUAAUCAUUGGAUGAAAUAUUUUUUUAUGGCACACAUGUACUUAGAAUUACAGCUCAUAGAUGAAGGCUUAGCAUUAUAUUGUCAAUUGCAAUCAAUGGGUUUUCAGAAAAAUGGUUAUGUUUUAGCUCAAACUGCAAUUGCAGUGCAUUACAGAAGAGAUGUUGAUAAUGCAAUAGAAACUUUCAAAAGAAUAAUAGAUGAAGAUCCAUAUUGCCUUGAUAACAUGGAUACUUAUUCGAAUUUACUUUACGUGAAAGAAAUGAAAGUUGAAUUAGCAGAUUUGGCGCACAGGGCUACUGAGAUAGAUAAAUACAGAUUAGAGACUUGUUGUAUAGUUGGAAAUUAUUACAGCUUAAGAGCUGAUCAUCAAAAAGCAGUGAUGUAUUUUCACAGAGCAUUAAAAAUGAAUCCUCAAUAUUUAUCAGCUUGGACAUUGUUAGGUCAUGAAUUUAUGGAAAUGAAAAAUACCAAUGGUGCUAUUCAUAGUUAUAGACAGGCGAUUGAGGUGAACAGACGAGACUAUAGAGCAUGGUAUGGUUUGGGUCAGACGUACGAAAUUUUGAAAAUGCCAUUUUAUGGACUAUAUUAUUAUAAACAAGCUCAGCUUUUAAGGCCCCAUGAUAGUAGGAUGGUUCUAGCCUUGGGCGAAGCAUAUGAAAAGCAGGAUAAAAUUCAAGACGCACUCAAAUGUUAUUACAAGGCAUGCAAUGUAGGCGAUAUAGAAGGAAUGGCACUCUUAAAAUUAGCAACACUGUACGAGAAAUUAGGAGAACACGAUCAUGCAGCGGCAGCUUAUACAGAUUUUGUAAUGGACGAAUUUCGAAGUGUCGAUAGAACAGAACUGAGUCAUGCAUAUAAAUAUCUCACACAGUAUCACUUAAAGAAGGAACAAUUGGAUCAAGCUAAUCACUAUGCACAGAAGUGCCUUCAGUUUGAUGAAACAAAAGAGGAAGCAAAGGUGCUGUUACGAACUAUCGCUGAAAAAAGAGUGAAAGUAGAAGAAACUUCUAUGGUGGUGGAUGAUAUGAACGAAACGGAUCCUGUGAUUGAGCAAAGAACGCGAACGGAUGCAACACCUGGAAGUCAACUAUCGCCAAUGAAUCUUUCGUUCACACCUACACCAUAAA